AAGGUAAACAACCUUAAAACGGCAAAUCCGAAAUUAAGAACGUUACUAGCAACUGGAGGUUGGAAUGCUGGAAGCGUACCAUUUAGUGACAUGGUUGCAACGAAAGCAUCUAGGAAACAGUUCAUCAACUCUACCUUACAUUUCCUAAGGAAGAGAAACUUCGAUGGUCUUGACAUGGAUUGGGAGUAUCCAGCUAGGCGCGGGGGAAAGCCGGAAGACAAGGCAAACCUUGUCCUAUUACUUGGAGAAUUAAAGCAGGCAUUUGAACAAGAGUCCUAUCAUACUGGAAGACCAAGACUUCUCCUCACAGCUGCCGUACCAGCGGGGAAAUCUAAUAUAGACGCCGGAUAUGAUAUACCGAAUGUAGCCAGGAGUUUAGAUUUUAUAAACAUAAUGACGUAUGAUCUACAUGGAUCUUGGGAAGCAAUGACGGGACACAAUAGUCCACUUUUCGGAAGAGCUUCUGAGAGUGCGGAUGCAGCAAUUCUAAAUAUGGAAUGGGCAGUGAAGUACUGGGCACAGCGGGGUGCACCAAAACAUAAAUUAGUUGUUGGUAUAGGUUUAUAUGGUCGCAGUUUCAAGUUACAGUCGCCAUCUAACAACGGUAUAGGUGCUCCUGCAGUAGGAGCCGGAUUGGCGGGAAAGUACACCAGAGAGCCAGGAUUUAUGUCUUAUUAUGAGGUUUGUGAAGAGCUGACAAAAGGAGCAACAAGGGUGUGGCAAGCUGAACACAGAGCGCCAUAUAUACACAAAGGUGACCUGUGGGUUGGAUAUGACGAUGAAGAAAGUGUUGUUGCAAAGGUACACUAUGAUUUUGCUGUGUUGCGGCUGAAAAAAGAAUCCCCGUACUUGGACUCAGAAUUGUUUUGGGGUCAUGGCGUACGCUGGAUGAAGCAAAAUAAAUACGGCGGGAUAAUGGUUUGGUCAUUAGCACUUGACGACUUUUCAGGUCAAUUCUGCAAUAAAGGACCAUACCCUCUUCUCAAAGCCAUAAACAAAGAACUUGAGACAGUUCCAAAGUCUCCUGUUGGUACAAUUGGUAAACCAUCUAACAGCAAGGCUUUACAACAAAGCAGUAUUCACGGAAAAGGUCAUUCAAUAUCACAUUCAGCUCCGCAGGGGACAGGGAUUACGUUACCAGUAACGAUUCCCGAUAUUUCACAAUCGCAUACAGGACACGCCGUACCGAUGGACACAUUACCUUUGCCAACCAAGACCAUGAUUCCACCACCACCUCCCAUUUUCCAGUCGAAUUCAGGUAACAGCGCUGCUGCACAAGCCAUUGGAGAUUUAUUGUUGCAAGGAACAACAAAAUUGUCACCACCUAGAUCUGCUAAAACUCCACGACAAACUGGUUCAGGACAACCUGGUGCUGGAAAUCACCAGACUAAUACUUUACCUGUCAUUAUUAGCGAUCAUGGGAGCAAUGCUCUUUUACAGACUAAUCCAUUGACGCAUGAUAUUGGCGCGUCUAAUAGAGCUCAUAAUGACCUAUUUUCAACACAUUUAAGUCAUUCACAAACACCAUCUGAUGCAGUGUCAGGAUCAAAUAAGCACAAUAUGAAACAUUCAGGUCAGGAUAUUUUAUUUCCGGGACAUGCGCCCACAACGAACAACGAACCUCUACCUCCUCUUUUCCCAGCCGAUAUUGCUGGUUCAGUUUUGGCAAAUAUGACAAAUCCUAACACACACGGUACAUUUCCGCUAGAAUUUAUGCAUAAUACUGGACAUACAGUUGGAGGAGGAUUAAAUCCCCCUGGGGAUUUAAUUCAUGAUUCCGUUCCGACAAAUAGUAUAUCCAAAGUACCUACUGACCAUGUCAUUCUACCCUUACCGCAGGAUGUUCCACACAUUUCGAUGGUACCACCAUCAACUGGCGAUAUUUUUCCAGCUCCUGUAUCAGACGCAGCAGCCGUGCUGCCUGAUACAUCGAUACAUUCAGCUUCAGGUUCACACUCGCACACUUCCCUACCUGCCGCUACUCUGUCUGCUGUAGAUGGGACAUUACCUGGAAGACAUUCUGUAACUGGACAUUCUGUUGUUGUUGGGUCAUUACCUGUGGUUGAACCAGUCGCUGCGGGUAUUGCAGCAGAAUCGAUUCCUUCUGUAUCAGCUUUGGGGGUGUCUCCUACAGCAGAUAUAGCUUUACCAGUUGCUGCAGCUGCUCAUUCCGAUAUAGGCCUGGCAUCAGUUCGUCCAGCUCCUCCUUCUAGACCAAGAGUCAACUUUUCCUUUUCAUCCAGUUCAAGCAGCAAUAGCAGUUCUUCCUCGUCUUCGUCAUCAUCAAAUUCAACCGAGAGAACAAGACGUAUCGAGACGUCACGUUCAUCUUUACCUCCAACAGUUCGAGAUCUGUUAAACCAGGGUCCAGUUGACUUACUUCCAUUGCCGGCAGAUGGUAAUGUACAUUCACUCGUUGAUCAAACCCAAGGUAUUAUACCUGGUGGAACUGUGGAAGCAGUUAUCCCUAUUGAUAAUAUAAACAGUCUUGCACAAGUUUUAAACAAUCUUCAAACAAGUGUUCCAACUUCCGGCACUGUACUUAUUCCUGAACCAAGUAAUGAACUUCGCCCAGAAACCGUUUUAAGACAGCUUGAUAUAGGAAAUAUUCUCGGUUCUAAUAUUGCUGCUCCAGUUCUUAUUGACAGAUUACCCUCGCAGCAGAGUGGUCCACGAACAUCUAGAUUAGCUGCUGGGAAUACUGGCGGUCGUGCUUUGUCUCAAAGAAUUGCCGCGAAUCGAGCGAACAACUUGCACCAAUCUAACGGAGGGAGAACAAGCCAGAACACACAAAGAUCUAUGUUUAUUCCACCAUUAAACAAUCGACGUGCGCAAAGACCACAGCAGCGCACUCAAGUAUCAAGACGACGUGUAUUUCCAGUUUCAGUUACACAACUUCGCCGUUUAAUAAGUGUUUUAGGAAGAGAUACAGUUCGCAGACUUUUACAAAGUGGGCGUUUAGUUCUGCAACCAAAUGUACAAAGACGACAGAUUGUUCGAGCACCAGUUAUUAGAACGCGCACACCAAGUUUAAGAAAUACAAUGAUAAGACAAAGAUUUCCAACUGGAACAUCACCCAAUAGAAACAAUUUAUUUUCCCAAUUUAGUCAACCGAGAAGAAUAAACAGACGUGUAAAUCUUAACAAUAAUAAUUUGGAAAGAACUCCAUCUCGUGCCUCACAGUCUAGAAGUGUAAAUUCAAACAUGGAUAUUUUAUCAAUGCUUGGACUGUAAAAAAAUCUGUCUUAUAACACGUAUUUCGUUAUUUUAUUUUGUGAUAUAAAAGGGUAAUAAUAACAGUAACUUGAUCUACAAUGUUAUAUUCGGCUGCCGUGGAUUUCGCCAUGUCUGGAUCCACAGAGGCUCUUGCUCAAAGUGUGAUCCUGCCAGGCAAAGGCUACAAGAGUUGGAUGCACCAUGGCUCUUAAUGACUCUUAUUAUAUACACGUACCUAUUUCUGUUGUUAUAUCUGCCAAAAUUUGACAUGAUUUUAGACAGGAAAUGACUGAAAACUCUUUCGGAACGAUGAACUUUUUGACACAUGGAACGUUAAGAAGCUGUCGUUACGUCAUUUCGUACGUCAUAUUCAAAUUCAUAAGUUGAACGAGUAGUCUCGCCGAUGAAUAUUUUCCCGUAUACCAUGUGAGUUCAAUACAAUAACUUGUAUUCAUUAUUGAAAUACAGGCUGUAUCUCAGACAGAAAUUUCGUAGUUAUAUGAGAAAGCAUAUAACUUCUUACCGGCCAUAAAUUGAUAGGUAGCGUGUUCGAUUGCGGCGUGUGUAACUGUAGACAGUUUGCUUGAAGUCAUUCUUCCUCCGCGUUUUUGUCAUGAGGAGAAGUUGUCAACAGUUUAGUACUGUUGACGACUUCAGCGACAAUGGUUAGUUUAACCGACCGUUAUUGAGUAGAAGAAAAAGCAUCAAAGAAAAUAAAAUAAAACAAACAAACAAACAAACAUUUUUCUUCAGUAAACAAAACUGUAAUUAAAAACAUUGAAAUCAAAGUAAAACAAAAGAGAACAGUUUCUUAGAUGAAAGGUGUAAUGUGUAAAUUUGCAGUUUUAUGUACAUACCUUCAGUGUAUGAAUACUGUUUCUCAGAAUGUGUUGUUGGUGUAGACAUCACCCAAAAUUAUGAUAACUGCUAAUGUUUCUUGAAAUGCCGGUGUCUUUUGUGG